AUGGAGGAGCUGCCAGAUGAGGUGCUGCUGGAAAUAGUUCGAAGGGUGGUGCUGGUGCGAAGCAGCUCGCCGGCGACCAGGGGUGAGGAGGCGGCAUGUUGUGCAGCGGCGGUGUUGAGGGAUGUGGGCAGCCUGUCGCGCGUGUCGAGCCGGUGGCGCGCCGUGGUCGCGACCGACUCCCUGUGGCGCGACCUCUACAAGCACAGAUGGAUGAACCACAACCGACACCUCGUGCGCGAGCAGGACCACCAACAAAUCGACCAACAGUUCGACUCCUUCUACCGCGCCCACAAGCCCCUCUGCUGGAAGGCGUUCUACUUGCGCGAGGUGCGGCGCCCGAUGACGGAGCUGCUGCGCGGGGUCGACUGGGACUCGCUGCGUCUCUCAAAGCUGGGCUGGACUGGCCUCCAGGACUCCGCCCUCGCCCGCUCGGAGGAGGACGGCGCGGUGCGGGAGCUGCGCGCGGCCUCGCGGUCGGAGCGGCUGCGGGAGGCGCUCGCCUCCUACCCGCCCGCCUUCCGGCGUCGUCUGCGCGAAAGACUCGAGAUGCUGCACGUCCGCUGCAGCUUUCUACACCGCAUUCAGAACGCACUGUUCUUGGCCAAGGUGGGGUUGGGGGUCUACGCGGUGCGGCGCCUGGCGCCCUCGCUCUGCCCUCUGCCCGACCGAUUCGUGGCCGCGCGGCGACUGCCGGGUGCCGCCUCUGCUCUCGCCGUCCUCGCCGGCUUCUGGCCUCUCCUGUCCUACACCGCGGCCUACUCUGUCGUGCAACAUCAGCUCGGGGCGAAGAGCUACCUGGGCGGCUGCGGUCGCAAUUGGCGCCUGUGUGCGGCCAAGUUCGGCGUACGCGUCUUGCAUUCGCUGCUCGAGGAAAUCGGCCUUCGUCCGUUCGUAAUGGCGCUCGUUGCGACCAACGGCCUCCUGAAAGCUGUGACCUUUAUCCUCGCUCUCGUGGGUUCCUACACCGUGUUGGAGACCCUGAACCAGCACUCGACCCGGCGCGCGCCAAGCGACGACACGAAGAUCAGCAUGUUCAGCUUCGCGGUGGCAUGCUACGUGGCCCGCUUCGACUUGGUUCUCGGCACCGUCGCCACCCUGGUCCUGCCCCUCUUCCACCGCCUCACCCGCAACGCCUACCGUGACGUCAUCAAAGAGGCCGGCUCGGCCCCGCCGCCACCGCAGCCGUACCUGCACCUCUUCGUGCUGGGCCUGUUCGCGGUGAGCUCGCUCGCGCAGCUGUCGCACACGCCGCCGUGGCUCACCGAGAAGCUCGCCACCGCGGCGGCGGCGUGGCGGCCCACGGCGCGGGUGUGGGACUACCUGUCGGCAAUCAACACCAGCCGCCAGCCCGCGGCCUUCCUCGUAACGCUCCGCGCGUCGCUCGCCGGGUUGACCACGGCGCCGCACGGCAGCCGCAGCAACAGCGACGAGAGCGAGAGCGAGGCCAAGCGGCAGCUCGGCGAGUGUCUGCGCGCGGUGCACGGGCAUGUGGUCGGGUGGGUCAUGUGCCACGCGGCCCUGCGGCACGGCCUCCCGACGGCGGUGGCCCUCAAGCUCGUCUACGAGGCCGAGCUGCUCCUCUGCCACCUCGCCGCCAAGGCCCUCACCAGGUCACGGAACCAAAGCACCUCAUAA